CGGGUCAAUGAAGAAGAGAAGUAGUAGGUGUAGCCUUUUGAAAAGUGUUGAUAUUCUUACUACGCGUUACGGUGGUGGGUACACACCCUGAGUGGAACAAACAGAAGCUUUUCAAAAAAAAAAAAAAAAAAAAAGAAAAACAGAUCUUGCAACUAAAUAGAUUUACUUUUCAAGGAGCCUAACCAAUAUCAGCAGCCCAAUGGGAAGGUUUGACGAUAACUUGUGGGAUGUGAGGUCACCACCAAAGCCCUCUCUUUUCCAAAAUCGUACGAAUAGCCGAGCCGCCCAAACUGAUCUGAUUUCAAACUUAUUCAAAGCUUCGUCUGUUGCAAGACCAGGUUCUGCUGGGACCACACCCAAUAACGACCAGCCGAAAAUGAAAAAACGACCUUCGACGUUCCAUGUGUAUGGCUUGAAAAAUACGCUGGAUGAUUUGGAUUUUUUGGAUAUUGUGGGUAGAUCACGUCGCAACCGCCAACUUCAAUCCAGUGGUAAUAGGGUGCCCUUAGGGGAAAUAGAUGCCAAUAUUUCAAAGUCCGGCUCUAAAUUAGAUAAAUACUCGGGUGCCUCUUGUGGAUUGGUUGAUUUGAAGAAGCUAGUCUCUUCUCAAUCUCUCUCUUCGACACCAAAUGGGCUGCAGAGGAUGAGCCAACAUGACUCUGUUUCUCCUAUAAAGGGUUCAGAUACCUGUUUGCAUGAAGUAGAAGCUGCGGGAUCAGCUAAACCAUCUACUGAGAACGAAUGUAUUCCCGUGGAAAACGGUGAAGAUCAAUUGAAUAGUGAUGAGAAUGCAAAAGAUACUAAUCCAACUGGCUUGGAGAGGGCAAAAAGCAAUUCGGAUGAAAAUUUCAUUAGGAAUAAAAUGUCAAUUUCAGAAAUCACUAAUAUCUCUCAGGAGCCCCCAAGAUUUGUUAUUCGACAUGAUGUAGAGGAUGAAGCCGAUGAAAUUGCAAAUAGUGAAGAGGAGCCGGAAUUUUUAUCGCCUACAAUUUCUUCGAAUUUUUCUUCAAGAUAUUCUACUUCACGGGUACCAGUUGAUGAAACAUUUGAUACUGUUGACCCAGCUGACUCAAUCCCCAAUUUUGAAAAGGCAUCACAGCAAUUACGUUCCCAAUCUCAAUACGAAUCGCCAGGUGUUGAAUCACAAGAAUAUUUUUAUGACUCGCAACUAGGAAACGAAGAGGUUUUUGUUCAUAGUUCACAAAGUCAUUACAAUACAGAGCAUGAAUAUGGGCCAGUGCAUGAGGUAGGUGAGUAUGCAAUGCAUGAGGUAGAUGAGCAACCUUAUAGCAGACCCAAUGAGGAGUAUUACGAAGUAAUUGACGAGACCCAAUCCUUAAAUGAGGUUGUAGAUGAAAGGAUAGGCAACAAAACCUCGAGUAAUUCUCGGGAACAAGCAAUUGUGAUUGAAGAUGAUGAUCUUUACAGUACGACCAAGGAUCCGGGAGAAAUUCGUGAUUCACAUGAGGCACAGCCAGAGACUUCAGAUGAGUCUGCAUCUGAAGAAACUGAUAAAUCUAAAGAAGCUGUCCAAUCUAAAGUCGUUGAUCAUUAUGAAAAAGUCGAUCAAUCUAAAGAAAGUAUAGAUGAAUCUAAAGAAAGUAUAGAUGAAUCUAAAGAAAGCAUAGAUGAAUCUAAAGAAAGCAUAGAUGAAUCUAAAGUAAGCAUAGAUGAAUCUAAAGUAAGCAUAGAUGAAUCUAAAGAAAGCAUAGAUGAAUCUAAAGAAGGCAUAGAUGGAUCUAAAGAGAGUUGUGCCGGGCCGGAAAUAAGCGAUGAAAUAGAUCUUGCAGGAAGAUUUACGGCCGAGGAGAAAUCAAGGGAUGGAUGCAAAUUCGAAAAAUCACCAGAUUUUCAGGAGAAAGUUGUGAAUACGAAAAAGCGAAAGAAUGUUUCCUUGAAAGAAAUGUGCUCAAGAAUCAACCAGGCUAGAUUACCAAGUCGAGUUGGAUUAAGUAAACGGGUUAAGAUAGAUUCAUUACAUAAGAAUUUAACACGUAAAUAACAUGCAUUUAAUAUAUUUAAUUAUUCAACUUUAUUUUGAAUACUUGUAAUCAUUUCCAUAUUUUCUUUUGGAGUGAUUAAGAUUUUGAUAUGCUUAUUUUUAUUGGCUAAUAGUUCGAGCCACCCCUUUUCGAUACCUUUAUCGAUCGAAACCACUGCAGUAAUGAGUUGUUUUGCAUCUUGUAAAGGAAUUGUAUUUUUACUGAGAGCCUCCAAUACUUGUU